AUGAAAAGCGAGAAUGAAGAUGAAAUAAUCGAAAUCUUAGAUGAUGAUCAAACAGCCUCCGCCAACGACAGCCGCUCCAAUGAGGGCGACUUUGCCAGAGGGUUCAGGAAGCGAAAGGUUGGGACAGACGACAUCUCGGAAAAGGUUCAGUGGACCGACGACUCUGACGGAGCGCCAGUGAAGCCGAAAAAAAGAAGAGCCAAAAGGAAAUCAGCAGCCAAGAGAGGCAAGAACUGCCAUCACCAUGAUGGCCAUGCGGCACACGUCGACGACAUUGACCUCGGCGAACUUCCAGACUACCUCCGGGAGAGACGCCGGCGGUUUGAUGCGAACAAGAAGCUGCAUCACGAGGCUGCUCUCAUGCUUCCCCCAGACUAUACCGGCAUCGAUCUUGACAACUCGUCAAGGCUCGGGGGCCCGCUAAAAGAGCGUCCUGAAUUCGACGUCGGCAGCGGCGUCAAGCCGUCUCGCCCAUACAAAGACAUCCAACUACCUCAGUCAGGCGGAUUGAUUCCCGCGUCAAUCGCUCGAUACUUGCGCGGCUAUCAAGUUGCCGGGGUCAGGUUCUUGCAUCAAAAGUUUGUUUACCAGGAAGGUGGCAUUCUGGGUGACGACAUGGGCCUUGGAAAGACGGUUCAAGUAGCUGCAUUCUUGGCCGCCGCCUUCGGAAAGACGGGCGACGAGCGAGAUGACAGGCGGAUGAGAGAAGUCAGGCUCUGCCCUGGCCGCUGGUACCCCAGAAUCCUGUUGAUCUGCCCUGGGUCUUUGAUUAUGAAUUGGAAAAACGAGCUGCAAAGAUGGGGAUGGUGGCAUGUCGACGUCUACCACGGCUCCAACAAGGAGGACAUUCUGGGAACCGCACGUGCCGGCCUUUUGGAGAUUAUGAUUACGACGUAUGACACGUACAAGAACAAUCGCAGCGCCGUCAACAUGGUAACUUGGGAUGCCGUCAUCGCAGACGAAUGCCACCGCCUCAAGGACGGAUAUUCCGAGACAACCAAGGCGAUGAAGGAAGUCAACGCACUCUGCCGUCUUGGGCUGACGGGAACUGCGAUUCAGAACAACUACGAGGAGCUCUUUACACUGCUGGAUUGGACGAACCCGGGCCAUUUCGGCACAAAGGCCGAGUGGAUGCAAACAAUCAGCAAGCCCCUGACGGUCGGACAGUCUCAUAACGCUACCGUUGCCCAACUAAGUCUAGCCAGGCAAACGGCCCAAAAGCUUGUGCAGAAUCUGUUGCCGCGCUAUUUCCUCCGUCGGAUGAAGACGUUGAUCGCUGACCAGCUGCCAAAGAAGACGGACAGAGUCGUGUUUUGCCCCUUGGCGGAUUCGCAGCGGGAGGCGUAUGAAGCGUUUCUCGCGAGCGUGCAGAUUUCCCUGCUCCAAGGCAUCUCGGAAACCUGCAAGCACGGCAAAAGGCAGGGCUGGUGUUGCCGCAGGACGCUGCCUGACGGCACGCCGUGGCAGGCCACAGUGUUUCCCAGCAUGAUUGUGCUGCAAAAGCUGGCAAACCACCUCGCCCUCCUGGCGCCAUCCACCUCGGAUGUCGACGCCAAGCACCAGAAGGAGCUAGAGACGGUUCGGCUUUGCAUGCCAAAAACCUGGAAACCAUUUUACGAGCAGAGGGACCAAAUCAGAAACCUUGUGAAUCCCGAGUUUUGCGGCAAAUGGAAGGUGAUGAAGAAGCUGCUGAAGUUUUGGCACCAGAACGGCGACAAAGUGCUGGUCUUCUCGCACAGCGUUCGACUGCUCCGCAUACUGCAGCACCUCUUCACCAGCACCAGCUACAACGUCAGCUACCUGGACGGAUCGCUCAGCUACGAGGAAAGGCAAGACGUGGUGGACACGUUCAACUCGGACCCAACCCAGUUUGUCUUCCUCAUCUCCACGAAAGCCGGCGGCGUCGGUCUCAACAUCACAUCCGCCAACAAGGUGGUCAUUGUCGAUCCGCACUGGAAUCCCUCAUACGACUUGCAAGCCCAGGAUCGAGCGUAUCGCUUUGGUCAGACGCGCGACGUGGACGUCUUUCGGCUCGUCUCCGUGGGCACCGUGGAGGAAAUCGUGUACGCGCGACAAGUAUACAAGCAGCAGCAGGCCAACAUUGGCUACACGGCCUCGUCCGAACGGCGCUACUUCAAAGGCGUUCAGCAAGACAUGGACCGGAAGGGCGAAAUAUUCGGCCUGUCCAACAUCUUCACCUACCGCAGCGACUUUGGCCUGUUACGCGACAUUGUGAACAAGACAAACAUAGCAGAGGCCAAGGCCGGCGUGCAUCUGGUAGGCGUGGACAUGGAGCGAGCAGUCAAGGACGAGGAGGCGUCUCUGGGCCCUGCCAAGAAGGAAGACGACGGGGACGUGGAAGAUGACGGCGGCAUGGGCCAGCUGGCGACAAUCUUGACUGCCGAGGACCAGCAGCAAUUACUCGAAGUUAAGAAGGCGCGCGCGCCAAAGAGCGACGCGAUCCAAGCCAUUCUAACCUCGGCCGGCGUCGAGUACUCGCACGACAACUCCGAGGUGGUGGGGACAUCCAGAGUAGAGGAGCAGCUGUCGCGGCAGGCGGCCAUGAGAUGCUACGCAGACGGGGAUGUUGAAGGCCAGAAUGCGCUCUUCGCAGACAGCCAAGACGACGGCGACGGCGACGAAGUUGACGACGACGAGACGCCGCUCCACGGCACGUACCGGCCACCCGAGGAUGUGUGCCUCCGGCAGUUCUGCACCAUGGCGCGCGAAUUUGGGUUCGUGAAUGCCACAGAGUUUGCCCUGGUGGUGGAGAGCUGGUCGCAAGAGGCGCGGCGCAAUUGCCUAGACACCUUUUACAGGCGACGCGAAGCGGCUUUCAAAAGAGCAGCCGAGCCUGUCAAGGCGGAGGCCGAUGCUGAGCGCUCUACGAGGCCAGCUGUCCAACCGGCCGUCAAGGCGGGAAAUGGGGCUACGUCCGCCGACGAGAGGGACCGGAAGGAACCAAGGGGCAAGGAUCCCGAAGGCAUCAAAGAGGGAAGGGCCAAGGAUGAAGACGCCAAGGAUGACGGGAUGAAGUCGGAGCUGCUGGACGUCGGCGCCAAAGCUGGGAUCGAGGAUGGGAAAGCCAGCACUAACCACAGACACGUCGCGCGGGAAAAGAGCGAAACCCGGGGGACAGGCGGCGACUCCAGGUCGGACGACGGGGGCCCAAAGAGAAACUCGAUAUUCAUCUCGGAUGACGACGACGACGAGCUCUAG